GCCAGCCAGCAGACAGGAUGAAUACUAUCAGCCCUCGUUUAGCCUUCGUGACAGGUUUUAACAACAUGACACUGAGACUGGAGUUGUAACGGCACAGCGAGUCUGUAUUAUUAAGCUGCGGGGCGGCCCUCGUGGCCGGGAUGCCACUGUGUGCCGUGCCAGUCCACGGUGGACGGUGAGGGGCAGGACGAGGGGACAGAGUGCCCGAGGCUGAGAGGAGGUGGCCCGCACCAAACGGGAGAAAUGAACCUCUGCUGGAACGAGAUCAAACGCAAGUCCCACAACAUCCGGGUGCGGCUAGAGGCGUUCUCUGACAACAGCGGGAAGCUGCAGCUCUCGCUACAGGAGAUCAUAGAAUGGCUGACAGCCAAGGAUGAGGAGCUGUCGGAGCAGCUGCCCAUAGGAGGCGACGUGGGGGCCGUCCAGCACCAGAGGGAGUUCCACCAGGCGUUCAUGGAGGAUGUCAAGUCUCGCGGGCCGUUCAUCUACUCGGUGUUGGAGUCGGCCCAGGCCUUUCUGGCUCAGCACCCCUUCCAGGAGCCGGAGGACACCCUGGCCGAUGGAAAAGAGGUCUCUCCACGCCGGCGGAUCUUGAAUGUGAGCCGCUCGGUAUGGAAGCAAGCGAACGUGGCCAGUGACCUGUGGGAAAAGCUGACGGCGCGCUGUGUGGACCGCCAUAGACACAUGGAGCGGACCUUGGAGCGGCUUCUCCAGAUCCAGGCAGCGAUGGAGGAGCUGGCCGUGGCCCUGGAGCAGGCCGAGGGCGUGAGAGACGCCUGGGAGCCUGUGGGAGACCUCUUCAUAGAUUCUCUGCAGGACCACAUAGACGCCACCAAGUUAUUUAAGGAGGAGCUCACCCAGGUGAAGGAGGGCAUGAAGCAGAUCAAUGAUCUGGCUCACCAGCUGGCCAUCGCCGAUGUUCAUUUGUCGAUGGAGAACGCCCGCGCCCUGGAGCAUCUCAACAGCAGAUGGAAAGUGCUGCAGGGCUCCAUAGAGGAGAGGCUGAAGCAGCUCCAGGAUGCACAUCGAGACUUUGGCCCCGGAUCGCAGCACUUCCUCUCCAGCUCAGUGCAGAUACCAUGGGAGCGUGCCAUCUCGCCCAACAAAGUGCCCUACUACAUCAACCAUCAGGCCCAGACGACGUGCUGGGACCAUCCAAAGAUGACAGAACUGUACCAAGCGCUGGCGGAUCUGAACAACAUCAAGUUCUCAGCAUACAGAACAGCCAUGAAGCUGCGACGGGUUCAGAAGGCUCUGAGACUGGAUUUAGUGGCGCUGAGCGGCCUUGUGGAGGUAUUCCGGGACCAGGACUUACAGCAAGGGGAGCAUGUGAUGGAUGUGGUGGAGGUGAUUCAUGGGCUGACGGCUCUGUACGAGAGGCUGGAGGAGGAGAGGUCCAUCCUGGUCAACAUUCCCCUGUGCGUCGACAUGUGUCUUAACUGGCUGCUCAACGUCUACGACAGUGCUCGAAACGGCAAAAUGCGAGUGCUCAGCUUCAAGAUGGGAUUAGUGAGCUUAUGCAACGCAGACGUCCAGGAGAAGUACAAAUACUUGUUCCGUCAGGUGUCGGGUCCUGGAGGUCUGACAGACCAGCGUCACCUCAGCCUGCUGCUGCAUGAAGCCAUCCAGAUCCCGCGCCAGUUGGGCGAAGUUGCUGCUUUUGGGGGCAGCAACGUGGAGCCCAGUGUCCGAAGCUGCUUCCGUGUGGCCCCAGGGAAACCUGCCAUUGAGGUGUCUCAUUUCUUGGAGUGGAUGAGCCUUGAACCCCAGUCGAUGGUUUGGCUUCCUGUCCUCCACCGUGUGACUGCUGCAGAGUCGACCAAGCACCAAGCCAAAUGCUAUGUAUGCAAACAGUGUCCCAUCAAGGGCUUCAGGUAUCGCAGUCUGAAGCAGUUCAAUGUGGACAUCUGCCAGACAUGUUUUCUAACCGGCCGCACUACCAAGGGAAAGAAGCUGCACUACCCCAUCAUGGAGUACUACACGCCAACAACCUCGGGAGAGAAGAUGAGGGACUUUGCCAAGACUCUGAAGAAUAAGUUCAGGUCAAAGCAGUACUUCACCAAACACCCGCAGAGAGGUUACCUGCCGGUGCAAUCCGUGCUGGAAGCUGAGAGCUCGGAGACGCCGUGCUCCUCUCCCAAGCUGCCCCAUGCAGACACACACAGCAGAAUUGAACAUUUCGCCAGCAGACUGGCAGAAAUGGAGAGCCAGAAUUGUUCAUUCUUCACGGAUAGCCUGUCUCCUGAUGAAAGUCUGGAUGAAGAUCAGUACCUCCUGCGUCACUCCAGCCCAGCCCUGGACCCUGACUCCCCCUGCGGACAACACAUGAUGCUGGUUCACUUGGAGCACCAGGACAAGGAGCAGCUCCAGUGCACCCUGGCCCGUCUGGAGAACGAGAACAGGGUGCUGCAGGGCGAGUACAGGCGGCUCAAGUGGAAGCACGAAGAAGCAGCGUCAGUCCCCAUGCUGACCGAGGCUGGGGAGGACGGCCCGGGUUCACCCACGGCAGAGGGGCAGCAGGACGAGGAGCUCUUGGCCGAGGCUCGGGUCCUCCGGCAACACAAGACGCGCCUCGAGACCCGCAUGCAGAUCCUGGAGGACCACAACAAACAGCUGGAGUCGCAGCUGCACAGGCUCAGGGAGCUACUGCUACAGCCCAAAGACGAUUCCGAGGCCAACGGAUCAGAGCCGUCAACCCUGUCGUCCCCCGUGUCUGGAGGGGGCCACCACGGGGAGCCGGCCAGCAGAGAGACCACCGACACUGAAGCAGCAGGAGACGACAUGGAGCAGGACACAGUGCUGCAGCUCCAGGAGGUCAUUGAGCAGUUGAGAAACGUCUUCCCCUCGGAACCGGGCACCACCUCACACAUUUAAACCCUGAGUGGGCCUGGAGGAGCAAUGAGACAGCCUGAUGGCAGCGGAGGGGGAGCUCCACACAGCUGAGGUCAGGCCCCUGCGACCACAGCAGCAGCAGCUACGACACCCAGAGCUAACCCUCCACUGGAACUCACUGCACUAAAAGCCUUUUUCCAUGCAAACAAUGCUAAAGGGCCACGCUGAUGUCCAUCUGGCCGGGCCGUGCUCAGCGGCGCAGCCUGACACCACGACGACGAGCCAAAGGAAACUCGAACGUUAGCGGCAGAUCAGGGGGAGACUGAAGUUAAGGACACUGUGCUUACCAGUAUCUGUGUAGUCGUUGGGAGGUGUGAAGCUUUAUAUCAGUCCACAGCACAAAAUUGGACCUUCCGUGAAAAGAACUUAAAAACAAAUGCAAAAAGAAAUAAGGAGGAUUUUCCCUUUUGUUUUGUCAGAAUGCCUGUAUCUUCAGUUGUUUCCCCCCCACCCCCUCCCAUGAAUGUGUUAUCAUGCUUGUUAUUUUAGUUUUUUUUUUUUGAAGGGAGGUGGUGUGUGGAAGCUCGCCGGUGUAAACUAGAUCCGGGCUGAGUGUAUUUCAUGUGGCUGCAUGGCGGAGGUUGUCAGGGAGGUGACAGCACCCACAACGAGCUUAUUUACUUUGUGAGAAUGACACAUCAUCAGUUAAAUCCAUGAUUUAUUUAAGACAGCCAAAGUGCCCGCUAGCACACAGCGCCUCUGUAUGCACACACUGUGUUCCUCUAAUCCUCUCAAACUGCUUGUCGAUCUCAUUGCUCGCCUGCUCUGAGUGAGCCCUUUACGCUCAUAGGGAACCACUCGUGAUCCCUGUACGCGCACACAGACUUAUGCUGCUACAUCCACGCCCCACUUAUAAAGGACCCUUCCCCCAUUGUGCUCGAAUGCACAAACGCCUCUCUGCAUGAUCAAUACUAUGUGCUGAGCCGCAUCACUGAAAACACAGACCACAUACUGUACACCAUCAUAAAAAUGGAGAUCUAUUUGAUCUCCUCGGCGUGUGGGAUUCAGACAAGCUCCCGGUUUUGAGCCAAUUUGUAUUGUGACUGAAAUUGGGCUUUUGUUGAGGAGGUGUCUGCCGAUAAAUAUCAGCAUGCCAGCGUUUGUUUUGGGAUCUUGGCGUUCUCCUGCUGUGUGCGGAGAAAGACAAGGAAGGAGCUCCAGGCAAGGCACUGCCAGGCUGAGGCUCCCUCUCCCUCGUCAAGGCCAAUCCCAGACACCACAGGGGGCCGCGAGGCACCACCGCAGCACAAUCCGACGCUGGGUUCAUCCCUAAUAAUCCCUCCUCUCAGAACAGUAGCUAUUGACGAUACAUGCCUCAUUUUCCCCUGCUAAUGCCGACUUAAUUGCUUUCAGAUUUACAAAAAAAACGGCGAGUGCUUGAAAUGGCUUCGCCCCAUCAUAUCAGGGUCACGGGGUGUGUUCUGUUCUAAACAUAGCACAGUCAUUUAAUGCCUUAAAUCCAAAGUGAAUUCAUAUAUAGAGUUUCAGGACUUUUUGCUUUUUGCUCUUUCUCAUCCCCUAGUAGAGUGUGGACACAGCACGUGAGCAUCCACAUGUUGAAAGCAGCUAGAUCAGGCUAUCAUGAGUGAGCCCAUGAUGCUUGGAGGGACUAAAAGAUCUGAGAGACCAGAGGAAAAAGCAGAAAUAAAGAAAACAAUCUAUUUAUUGCUGAAGGGCUGGUGAGAGCGAUCCACUUUGAUGUGCCUGCCACAGACAAAUCUCCAGAAGCAGGACGAGAGGCUGCCUGAAACAAAGCAGCUCUGGCUGUUUCUCAGCAAUCAUUCCGCCUCAUUCACACACGACACACAGAGAUACACUCCACUAAGAAAUUCAUCCGAAACCUUAAUGCGACACUCGUAUCACCGCACUUUGAACUAUAUGAUCUGCACUCAUUACGGCCCCACCUGUAGGCAGACUGUAGAUCCUCUGCCCUCGCCGCCUGUUCAUUUUGACGCUGUUGCCAGGAAACUGUCCCCAAGGACGCAGUUCCACAGGUUUGUGAGUUGGAGCGGUGAUGUGUGCUGUUUUUUCUUUUUUUAUACAAAUGCUAAUAGCAUCAUGUUUUCCAAAUGCAGCCCUCCUCUUCAUCACUUCAUCCUCCUCUGAUGCCUGCCACUGCUUAGCUGCUGAAAACAGUCAUUAUCAUUUGUCGAAUCCAUCUCUGCACCGGCGACGCUUCACAGUUUGUUUUGUUAAAGCUCUCACAAGUCGGAACAAAGAGCAGCGGCUCAGCUUGUGGUAGAGAAGAGAAGAAGAAAAAAAAGCCAUGAUGAGCUAAGUUUAGUCAUAGACUUUUAUUUUUAUGGAAUUCACACAUUGACGAUCACCCAGUGCCCUCACACGCUUUACCUCCGUCCUUAAGAUAAUGUAACAGUGACCGUGUAUGAAUAAAGAAGAGGCGGCUCUCCCCGUAGGUCUGUGUGUCAACAUUUGUUGUUUUUAUUUCCAGGCUGAAUGAAAUGAAUUCACCACCAGGUGGUUUAAUGGCAGCGAGUUACAUUUCCAUACCCCCCCCCUCUCACUCUGCUGCUCUCCAUGGUUGUCCAGCCGCAUCUCUGUGUAACUGUGUGAUCAUCUGAGGUCUGACCCGAGUACAAACUUAACACACUAACACCCCCUCUGCUCCCUGUGGCGUGACUGAAGCUGUGUGAUUGAAGAAUAAAGCCUCUCCACAGAGGAGAGAGGUCACCGCAGAGGCCGUUCUCCACACACGUGUUACUCCACCAUGUUAACGAGCCUUGUCAUUACUCUCCUGCCUUUACGUCUGACCCCUCCCCUCUCUGUUUCCACCGUCGCGCGUCUUGAGCAUCCAACAAGAACGAGUGCGCUUGUGUGUCACCUCACCUAAGACUUGAGAACACUAACACACACACAGUAUAUACACACUCAUACAUUACUGAUGAACUGAGGUGUACUUUUCUUUGUUUUAAAAUCACCAUUAAUAUACCUCAUUACUCAUUCAAAUGUUAAUUGUCUAAUGGGUUUUUGAGUUGAAGUUUUUGUCCAGCACUCAAACACGUCUCGCUGUCUUUUCUCUGGAGUUUUUAAUCUGUAUAAAAAGUUUUCUGAAGAAAGGCUUUUUACUGUAUUAACAUGUGGGUUACUGGCUGCUUUCUACUCUUUGUGUACAGAAAUAAAAAACUUUGUAUUUGCCAAA